UCCAGUUUGGAGCAGGCUUGUGUUUUUUUUCCUGCUGUUUUCACUCUUGGCGAGGUAUCAGAGUAAACCAAACAGGCGUGUGCAACAGGAUUCAGCAUCUUGUAAAUUAGCUACAUUACAAAAGGAUAUGGAGUGAUGGACGAGAGGAAGACCUCGCUAUGAAGGAGAGUACAUGCUGCCUUUUCAAAUGACCAGAUUUGACAAUUGCGUCUCACGAAUAAUUGACACUUGAAUAUUUUCUUUUCAGUGUCGAAUGACAGCGACGGUCGAGCUGUGGCCACAGCCACAAUACUAACACAACUAACUAGAUAUAAGUCAGUGAUUCUUAUUGAGUUUAAGGUGCAGUCUUGGAAGCAAGUCAGUACUGUUUGCUUGUUUUAUGGGGUUUGAUUACGUAGCUAAGUUAAUAAGAUUGUGUUACGUGAGUUAGACCACUUGUUGAAAUUUCGAAAAAGUUUAGUUACAAUUUCCAACUUAAACUGCAUAAAAACGGGAGAAAAAAAACAUUACCAGAAAUGCGUUGCUUUGCUAGUCUUAGAGCGAUUUAUUGGUGUGGCAGAGUAGAUACAAAUCUUUGAAUUAUUUGCGUACUAACAUAGCUAGAGUUAGCUAACCAGACAGCCAUCUAAAAAGCUACAAGAAGGAAGAACUUCAGAUUUUCUGAGAUACUGAUUACUAAGUUGGGUCGUUUGUUAGCUGGCUGCCGCAGCUUGUGACUUUUCAUGGCUAAAUUAGCUGACAAGAUAGCUUUCUAGCUAGCUGGUUGCCUUGUUUCAUUAAACGGGGAGCCCAGCUAGCUUGGUAGUUAACUAGGUGCAUAACGAGAGUCAAGCAAAAGCAUUUGAAUCCACAAUUUGUCUAAAUUGGUAGCUUUUUAUUUUAAUUGAGUGGCGAGUUGGCUAGCUGUCAGGUUAAACUAACGUUAACUAGCUAGCUAAGGCUUAGCUUGCGAUGUAGUUGCUAUUGUGCUAACGCUAUCUACUCUUAUUGGCGUUGACAGAAAAUUGUCUGCGUUAGCUAUUAGUAUUGCGCCUUUAUCGCUAUAUGUUCAUAAAUAGUGUAAAUAUUUUAAACUGUUGGUAUCCUGGAUGAAAAGCGUACUGACAAUGCAUGCAGAAGUAAAUGUCUAAUACCGACUAUUAAACAAAUGUAAGAGUAGCUAGCUAAGUAGGGAGCUAGCCACGCUUCUCGAGUAAAGUUUCCUUAGAAAACUUCGUUUGAAGUUAUACAUUGAUAAGUUAUUAAGGCAGUGUUGAUGAGAUCCUUUCCACUGUAGGCUAACCCUUAUUUCGACACCACAAUUAUCUCUUGUUAAUUAGAUAUAUACCAUUUUCUUUGGGGUUUUUUUUGUUUUUGUUUUUUCUCGCGCGCGUACGACGGCUGGUUGCGGAAAGCUGGAGUUUGACAGCUCCCUCGCUGGCGAAGUAACUAUCGUUAGUUAGUUCCUGGCAUGCUUAACAACCAUUAAAAUGAUUUGCUCAACAACCUCACAAGAAUGUCGAAAAUGGGAGGACAGUUGAACUACUUUUGAUCUUUAGCUACAAACAACUGCUACAUUUGUUUCCUGUCAAGUCGGUCUCUAAACUUUGCGGCCCACAAUGUCCGGAUCCCCGGGCUCGAGUGGUUCUAACCCGAGGAAAUUCAGCGAGAAGAUCGCGCUGCACAACCAGAAACAAGCCGAGGAAACACGGGCCUUCGAGCAGCUUAUGACGGACCUUACCGUCUCAAGGGUGCAGUUUCAGAAGAUCCAGCAGCUGCGUCUAUCUCAGAACCGUGCCCAGUACUAUGGCGGCUCCCUCCCCAACGUAAAUCAGAUUGGCCAUACCACCACUGACUUCCAGGGCACGUUCCCCUCUGGUCUUGAUUCUGUGAGAGGGACCAGGCACCAUGGUCUGGUGGAGAGAGUGCAUCGGGACCGCAAUCGCAUCAACUCGCCACACCGCAGACCUAUCGACAAACAGGGACGGCAGGCAGAGAGCUCUCCCUAUGGAACUGUGUACUUGUCGCCUCCCCCAGACAACAGCUGGAGAAGGGAGCAGCAGCCCUGGACUGAAGAAAAACGGCCUGGUUUUAGAUUAAUAUCACAGCUCAACAGAACCAAUUCGGACUCAGCUCUGCAUACCAGCGCGAUGAACCCCAACCCGCAGGAUGCAUUCGGCAUGAACCAGCAGAUGGGUCGAUGCCCACCCCAGCGUAAUGCCAGCAUGAAUGAAGCAGAGGUGGAUGGCACAGGUGAUGUCUUCUCCUUCCCUGCUAUUCCUAAUGAGGAGAGUCUGAUUGGUGUGAGCAAGCCACUGCCCAAGCAGCUGUGGGAGGCCAAAAAGGUGCAGUCCCUGUCCUCACGGCCCAAGUCCUGUGAAGUGCCUGGAAUCAAUAUAUUCCCAUCUCCAGAGCAGAAUGCCAGUCUCUCUCACUACCAGAGCACCUUAAACACAGGCGGCUCCCUGCCUGACCUCAGUAACCUGCACUUCCCCUCACCCCUGCCCACGCCUCUCGACCCUGAGGAGGCUGCGUACCCCAACCUGAGUGGGGGUAGCAGCACAGGGAACCUCCCUGCAGCCAUGAUGCACCUGGGAAUCGGCAACUCUCAAGGCCUCUCCUCCUCUCUAAGCAACCCCUCAAUUCAGGCUUCACUGACCAACUCCCAGCUCCACUCAUCUCUCAGCAAUCCGUCCAUCCACUCGUCCCUGCGGCUCUCCUCACUCUCCAACCCUCCUCCAGGGGGCAUGUCCACCUCGCCCAGGCGACGGCCCGCCCCAAUCAGCCCCCUGACCCUCUCUCCAGGGUCUGAGCAGCGGCGUAGCCUGGGAAAGCAGCUCUCACCCACCAUGUCUCCUUCCCUCUCCCCCAUCACACAGGGGGUUGCCUUGGACACCAGCAACCUGCCCAUGGAGCCACCGCCUCCCUACCAUCUCUACCAGCAAUCCCAGCAGGCCUUGCAGCAGCAGCCACCGCCAUCCCAGUCUCAUCCAUCCCUGCAUCAGGGCUCCAAGCAUACUGUUGUGGGACAACAGCGCCAACCUCAGGGAGGGCAGCAACAGCCUGUGUCUCCACUGCAGAAUGUCCCACUGGACUUCAACUCUAGCGCUUCUAACACCAUGGGACAGUUCUUCAACGAUCCAUUCAUGGAGCCACCGUUCUCUGGUCGCCCAUCCAAGUGUCCGUCUUAUCAGGAUCAGUAUAAUGUGUUGGAACAUGCCAUGAGCUCUGUGGCCGGAGGUUUCGACCCCUCGUCUAACCUCUACUGCCCGCAGUCCUCCCUUAUGGGCCUGGGAGGUAGCCAUGGCAACCUGCACAACUCUUUGCCAUCAAAGCCCAACAUGCUGUACUCGAACUGUGGAGGCGGAGUGCCCAACAUCAUCCUCACAGAUGACUCAAACCCAAGCCUGUCUAAGGACAUCAGCAGUGUGCUGUCAGCUGUGCCUGAGUGUUUUGACUCAGAGGGGGUCUUUCCCCUCGAGGAUGAGCUUCACAUUGAGCCUCUCAGCCUAGACGGACUGAGCAUGCUCAGUGACCCUGAUAUGGUUCUGCCAGACCCCUCAGUGGAGGACAGUUUCCGUAGUGACAGACUUUGAAGAGCUGAGUUUGAGCACAUGUAUUCAUACUCAGUCUCUCUUUCUUUCACUCUCUCUCCUGUUUCUUUUUCUUGCACAUACACACACUUUAGACAGAUGACGUGUACACACAAACAAACCCACACUACAUCUUAAUGUAAAAUAACUCAUGAGCCCAUUAGACACAAGCGGUGUGUCUCUCAGGGGCUGUUCUCACUUUGUGUUCUCCAUCUGCCAUUCGAGACAGUGAUAAUUAUGAUGUUUUCAAUGAGCAUGCUCAGUGGGAGUGGGAGAGAUCUGCACAUUCACUCGGAGUGCUUCACAUGCUCCGCUUUCCAAUCUAGAUUAAGCUUGUCCUAGGCUCAGGGGGAUUUUAAUGGAAAAUCCUCACUCGCAGUAUAAUUUAGACCAAGAUCAAUCUGUGACCAGUACUAUAUGUAUCUGUUAAAGCCCCAACUGGGAAUUGCUGAAAUCUCACAUGACUUGAUUCUGAAUUUAACAAGGGAAAGCAUGGUAAACACCCCAAUUACAUUUGUGUGGGUGUAGUCUCUGUAGCAAAUUUACCUUUCAGGAGUAAAACCAUGACAUCAAUAGCACUGUGGUUGUGUACCCCCCCCCC